GUGGAUGGGGGUCUCCAGCGUUCAGGGUUGUCCUUUCCGGGCUGUGCCCAGCCCCGGGGUGUCCCCUGUGCCCCCCCAGGUGCCCUCGGUGCAGGACACGGUGCAGGAGCACCUGGGGCAGGUGAGGACGGGCGGGGCCCAGGCCGUGCCCGACCGGGACCGCGCCGAGCUCAAGAGGAGGAAGCUGCUCCUGGAAGUGACCCUCAAGUCGUUUUGGAUCCGCAAGGGCAGCGCCUUCAGCACGGCGCUGGCGCGGCCGGAGACGGAGCUGACCCCGGAGAUGAUCGCCACCGGCUCCUGGCGCCGGCUGCCCUUCAAACCCUACAACUUGUGA